GAAAGACGGAGCCACCCUGUCAAUCACAAUUAAGGAACCAUGGGAGUAAACUGGUAGGGGAAGCUCGGCGAAACCACCGUGUUUAUGGUUUUUUUUUAAAAUUUGCGCACAGACGACAACUAUGCACCGGUUCCCUGUGGGACGUUUACCUCCGAGCUCGCUUUACGGUUGGGAAUCGCUCCACUUUGACGGGAAUUAGCAUGAGACGUUACAUGUAACAACAAAAACUUAGCGACUUUCAGUUGCCUGUUUUUUUUUUUUCUUUUUUUUCUUUUGCCCCCACAGAAGCUCCAACUUUGAACAAAAAAAAAAUUUUAAAAUACACAAUUCACGGUUGAUAUUUGUUCCAACAGCUGACUUCAGGCUCAGGAUACUGUGGUUUGUUUUUGACUCCAACUCGUGGAAAUCUGGUCACACAGAGCUGCCUGGUCGGUAGAAGAAGAAGAAGACACUCCCAAAAGAGAGAGCAAGGAAAGCAGCAGAGAUGAGUGGGGGAGAGGUGGUGUGUUCAGGGUGGCUCAGAAAGUCUCCUCCUGAAAAAAAGUUGAGACGUUACGCAUGGAAGAAGCGGUGGUUUGUUCUUCGCAGUGGCCGUCUGACAGGCGACCCAGACGUGUUGGAGUACUACAAGAAUGACCAUACCAAGAAGCCCAUUCGUGUGAUUGAUCUCAACUUGUGUGAGCAGGUGGAUGCUGGACUGACAUUCAGCAAGAAAGAGUUGGAGCACAGCUUCAUAUUCGACAUCAAGACCAUUGAUCGUGUCUUCUACCUGGUGGCUGAUUCUGAGGACGAGAUGAACAAGUGGGUUCGCCACAUCUGCGACAUAUGUGGUUUUAACCCCACUGAAGAAGACCCAGCAAAAGCAGCUCACCAGGCAGCCACCACGGGGCUGGUGGUGGAUACGCCCCCACACCCGGCUCUGGGUAAUAUUGUUGGUCCAGCAGCCGCAGUGUUGUCCACCGUGCCACCUCCAUACCAGCCGGUCAGUGUGCGACACCUGGACUCUCAGUCCAGUUCAGAAGAGCCCCAGGAUUACCUGUGGUUGGCAAACUGUGAGAGCAAAAAGCCUGAACCCAACAGCUCAGUUGAGCUUCACUCUCUAUUGGAGGGGGACCAGGAGUAUUUGCUCCUGGAGGAGUGUGAGAGCAAGACACUUCCUCCACAGGCUAGUCUAGCCCAUGCUGAGUGUUCCAAGUCUACCUCUUCAGAGACAGACCUGAAUGACAACCUCCCAUCUCACCGGACGCCCACCUCCUCCACUUCCUCCGCUAAACACACCUCGCACAAUGGCUUCUUCCCGCAGCACUCGACUCCCACCUCCGCCCCUUCCACUAUCUAUGACUCGCCUCCGUCACGUGGUGCCUCACUCUCAACUGACAGCGGCCUUUAUCACCUCCCUCGGAGCUACUCCCAGGACACUGUGCUGCUCCCCAAGUCAGCUUCCUCCCCUCCGGCUCAUCCAGACGGCGGGGACGGCGACCUUUAUGUCUUUAACACGCCGUCACGGAAGCCCUCAAUGGAGACACAGAUGCGCAACCUUUCUAUCAGUUAUGACAUCCCACCCACACCUGGUGCAAACUGUACCUACCAGGUGCCCCGUACGUUGUCAUCAUCGACAGGGGUGGGGGGAUCGGAGGGUGGGGGAGAUGUAGUACCCCCACCCAGACCACCCAAGCCUUCACUCAGUUCCACCUCAGGACCCCCGCCACCCCCUGCUGAGCGCUCACCUACGGACACCUAUUGUGUGCCUCGCUCAGCCUCAGAGACAGAUGGAAACUACUGUGUGCCUACUAGCGCUGGGAGUAAGGCUUUGCGCAGCAACACUAUUGGCACUGUGGACUGUUCACGACUCCGCAAAGAUUUUGGAUCCCAGGACUGCUAUGACAUUCCUAGAUCAUUCCCCUCUGACAAAAGCUGCUCGUUUGACUUCAAUGAAAGCAUGAACAGCUACUUUAAAAACAAAGGAAUGAUGCCAGUGGGUAGUCAGUCAAUGGAAGAGGUCGACCAGAACUACGUACCUAUGAGUGCCAACUCCCCGUCACAUCACCACUCAGGCAGUUUGUCAGAGCCCAUGCACGAACCCAACUAUGUGCCCAUGACCCCAAGCACUGAGUUCUCCUCCCUUGGAAAACAGGUUCCCCCACCCGCCCACAUGGGAUUUCGCUCAAGCCCAAAGACCCCUCCUCGCAGGCCACUGCUCAGUGACUGCCAGCCCCCACCUGUUGACCGAAAUCUUAAACCUGAUCGCAAAGGUCAGAGUCCUAAAAUAAUAAGAGCAAAAGGUGUCUGUUUAGAGCGAACCGACUCUCAAACCGUAGGUGAAUUCCCGAGGCGACGCAAGGGAAAACCUGCUCCACUGGAGAUCAAACCUCUGCCAGAAUGGGAGGAGCCCUGUACACCUGUACGCUCACCUGUCACACGGUCAUUUGCUCGGGAUUUCUCUAGGUUCCCAAUGCCAGCGAGACCCCCGUCAGUGCAUAGCACGGCCUCCAGCACUGACUCCGAGGACUCUGCUGAGAAUUAUGUAGCGAUGGUCUCUAAUAUGCCCACAGAUGAACCAAUCAUGAAGCUCGCUGCGCCCAUGACUGCGGAUGGUGGGAGUAGCCCUAUGGUGAAGCCGAAGGGAGACAAACAGGUGGAGUACCUGGAUUUGGAUCUUGAAUCCGGCAAGUCUACCCCACCUCGGAAGAUGAAAAGCAAUGGAACUGGCAUCACAGCAUCAGAUGAGCGUGUAGACUAUGUGGUUGUGGACCAGCAACGGACACAGGCCCUUAAGAGCACCCGGGAGGCCUGGAGCGACGGCCGCCAAUCCACAGAGACAGAUACCCCCACCAAAGGACCCAAGUGACCCUGUUGUCCCAACCACCAACCCACUUUCCAAGCCCCCAAACUACCAGAACUUUUACACCAGUGCAGGUUCUGGUUUGUGCUUUGGGACGGUCCAACUAUCACGUUCCACCUCAACAAUAUCCUUAGUGUCUAAGAGCCAGUGGAGCAACUCAACUGUCUUUAGUUUACACUGCUGUCGGGCCUAGCAGAGCACUGUCGUACAGAGGGGUGUGGGCCAGGAAUAAGCUUUAUGCAGUAUGAAAGCAGGUGGAAUGACUGGACUAGUCUUUGGGGUUUGACUUAUGCAGAUUCAUGAACUUUGAACAUUCACUGCCUCCGAAAAGGAUUAGAGGUUUCUUGAUCAACUUUCAACGGCCUGCGGGCUGAUCCAGAAUUAACAUUUCCUUAAAUUGUAAUGCCGUUUGAUGUUGUUUUGGAGUGAAAUCACUUGAUAAUAUGAUCACAGUAGCUUGUCAGUGCAGCACUACUAGUUAGCAUAGCAGGUUAACACUUCAGUUUGGAGCGCGGUGAAGUUUCAUUGGACACAGUUCACAGGUUGUUUCUUCCUCAAGUUAUGGUGGGUGGUUUUAACUGACCCUGAUCUGUAUCCAAGGCAAACUUCAAACCCAAAUCCCAGUACAACAGAAUUUCAGAGAUGUUAGUUUUCCUUUCAAAACAAAGGCAGUUGAACUUGUUCAUUUUUUAAUGUAACCAAGUGCUAAAUUCAAGCUUCUGAUUCACUCAAGGUUUAAUCCACUGAACAUGAUUUGAUUUCCAUUUAUUUUCUAAGUGGUGAUGCUUCGAUUUGUUACAGUGGAAGUGCAAAGACUGUACAAAAGUGUUAUGUAUAUAUACAGGAAGCGUCCUUUAUUUGUAUGGAAUAUCCAACGUGUUUGACUCGACGGUAUACGGAUUCUGCAGGGUAGAAUCCUGUACCUGUAUUAGAUGGUAUCAGGACUUGUGAUUAAUGAAUGAAUUACUGUGAGUUUUUAAACGAACGUGACAGGUUUUCUAUAAGUUAUGCAAAGGUAUCAAACUUAGGCUAGAGAGAGAGAAAAUCAGGUACUCUUUAUAAAUGCAUACUAAUACAGCUUUCCAUUUCUAAUUUAUUUCUCAAGCUAUUUCAUCAGGUGGAUGUCAUGUCCAUUUUUAGCUCAGUAUUCUUGAUUCAUAUGGAGGAACAUUUGCUAGAGUCUGUUUAAAUGGUCAGUUAGUUUCACAAGUUCAUUCCCCCUUUCCCUUCCUCAUUUCUCUCUCCUUUAGGUUUAAUUUAUUUUAAAUUGAACUGGCAUACAGUUUUGGGUAAUUGGCUGCCUCAUGUAGUCAACUUGAUGCAUCUUUUUUAGACAGUUAAAAAGUCUUUGUCUACAUAGAUUUGUGCUUUUACUAACCUGUCUACUCUCUUGCAGAAAUCCCAAGCAUGUGCUACCACAAGACAAAAACCAUUGCUGUACAUAUUUUGCCAUCGAUUAGAUUAACAUGUAUCUUUUAAAAGACGUGCCUACUAAGUCAUCUUCACUCUACUUUGCUCUUUCCUUAUUGCAGUCUCUUCGUGAUACGGACUGCAAAGCUGAUGAUGCUUUAUCUUUUUUAAUGAAUCUCAACAGAAAAUGUAAAUUUUAAAAAAUGGACUAAAUAAAAUCCAGCAUCUUA